CCAUCCGCCAUAGCCACCAAAACUUCACCAAAAAAUCACUUGCACGCUGCAAGCAUGGCCUUAUUUAUAAAGGCAAUAGAAGAUCUCUACAAGCAUCAAUGGAGUCGAAGAAGAGUCGAGAAGGAAAUACCGUGUGCGUAACUGGAGCAUCCGGUUUCAUCGCCUCAUGGCUCGUCAAGCUUCUUCUGGAGCGCGGCCACACUGUUAAGGCCAGCGUCCGCAACCUCAGCGAUUCGAGGAAAACCGAGCAUCUCAAGGCACUCCGAGGAGCUGAGGAAAGGCUACGGUUGUUCGAGGCUAACUUGACCGAGGAAGGAUCGUUCGACUCAGUAGUCGAUGGCUGCGACGGCGUAUUCCAUACAGCUUCCCCUGUCCCUUCCUCCGCUGCCAUUGCCGAUCCGCAACUGGAGCUGAUAGAGCCGGCGGUUAAUGGAACUCUCAAUGUCCUUAGAUCGUGCAGCAGAGCGCGGUCAGUCCGGCGGGUGGUGCUGACCUCCUCCUUGGCGGCGAUGGUGGUUAACCGGCUUCCGAAAGGCGGAGAUGUUGUUGUGGAUGAAACCUGGUUUUCUGAUGCUGAAUUCUGCAGAGAAGCUGAGCAAUGGUAUCCUCUUUCGAAAACCAUGGCGGAGGAAGCUGCGCGGAAAUUUGCAGACGAGAAGGGGAUCGAUAUGGUGGUGAUUAAUCCGGCGUUGGUGCUCGGUCCUCUUCUCCAGCCGUCUCUCAACUCUACCUCCGGCGUUGUUCUGCAAAUCAUCGCAGGGAAGGAGAUCUUCCCAACCUACCGAUUCGUGGACGUUAGAGACGUCGCUACCGCGCAUAUUCUGGCGUACGAAAAUCCGUCUGCCACCGGAAGAUACGCUCUCGUCGGAGCAACGAUGACUCACUCCGACACGCUCAAACUCCUGCACAACCUGUUUCCUUCGAUUAAAGCUCCUCCUCCAGUUGAUACAGAGGAUUCAGCUUACCAAACGUCGAGGAAGAGAGCAGAAAGGUUGGGAUUGAAAUUCAGAGCUGUGGAAGACAGCCUCAAGGAAACUGUCGAAAGCUUGACUGAGAAGAACUUCCUCACUUUAUGA